CCACGGGGACCGGGGCCGCCGCUUUUCCGCUGGGUUGCGUCUGAAGGUCGGGCGGAGCCUGCUGCGCUCCCAGGUUUGCUCGUUGCCACCAUGGCCCAGAGGGCCUUCCCGAAUCCUUUCGCAGACUAUGACAAAUCCUUGGCCACGGGAUACUUUGACUCUUCAGGCAGGCUGACUCCCGAGUUCGCUCAGCACCUGAACAAUAAGAUCAGGGAGCUUCUCCAACACAUGGAACGGGGCCUGAAAUCUGCGGACCCCCGUGAUUGCACCGGCUAUACCGGUUGGGCAGGCAUUGCUUUGCUAUACUUACAUCUGUUUGAUGUGUAUGGAGACUCAUCCUAUCUUCAGAUGGCUCAGGAGUAUGUAAAGAAGAGCCUUAGUUGCCUAACAAAGAGAUCCAUCACCUUCUUAUGUGGGGAUGCUGGACCUUUGGCGGUGGCUGCUGUAGUAUACCACAAGCUACACCACGACAAACAAGCAGAAGACUGCAUCACUCGCUUGCUGCAGCUGCCUAAACUUGACGCACGAGUCCCUGAUGAGAUGCUGUACGGACGUAUGGGGUACCUCUAUGCUUUGCUCUUUGUGAACAAACAUUUUGGAGAGGAAAAGAUCCCUCAAAGCCAUAUCCAACAGGUGUCUGAGGCAGUUGUAGCAUCUGGCGAGAACCUGGCCAAAAGACGGAACUUCACAGCUAAGAGUCCACUGAUGUACGAAUGGUACCAGGAAUACUAUGUCGGAGCAGCCCACGGUCUAGCAGGAAUUUAUUACUACCUCAUGCAGACCGGCCUUGGUGUGAGUCAAGCCAAGCUGCAUAAUGUGAUCAAGCCAAGCGUGGAUUAUGUCUGCCAGCUGAAGUUCCCAUCAGGCAAUUACCCCUCAUGUCUUGAAGACCAAAGGGACUUGCUUGUUCACUGGUGCCAUGGUGCACCUGGCGUUCUCUACAUGCUCAUCCAAGCCUAUAAGGUGUUUGGGGAACAGAAAUACCUCAGUGAUGCCUUUCAGUGUGCUGAGGUGAUAUGGCAGUGGGGGUUGCUGAAGAAAGGUUACGGGCUGUGUCAUGGUACAGCUGGCAACGCAUAUGCCUUCCUGUCUCUCUUCAACCUCACUCAAGACAUGAAAUAUCUCUACAGAGCUUGCAAGUUUGGAGAAUGGUGUUUGAGUUAUGGGCAGCAUGGAUGUCGGACACCGGACACUCCAUUUUCUCUCUUUGAAGGAAUGGCUGGAACUAUAUAUUUUCUUGCUGACCUGUUGAUACCAACCAAGGCUAAGUUCCCAGCUUUUGAAUUAUAAAUUCAAUCCCAGCAGUUACUGGCAUGAAGCUUGUUGCACUUCACGUCUUAUGGCAAGGCAGAUUAAAUGGGCCAUCAUCUUAUGUCUCAGCUAGCAAAGCAAAAUCUUCGGGGUUAUCAGUAUUUCAUGUUAUUUUCAUUGUCUGGUCUACUUUUAAAAACUUACUAGCCUUUAUAUUUUAGAGAUGUGUUUAAGUUUGCAGAAGAAAAAAUGGCUCUUAAAACAGGUAAAUGUAUAUUUUGUCAGAGCAUUAAAAAAAAGACCCUCAAGACUUGUUUUAUCUGAUUUUGAAAGGAAUGGUGUUUUUUUCUUUGUAUUAAGUAAAACGUUGAUUUAACAACUUGGCUAAAACAAUUUGUAAGAUGCAAAGGAGAAAAUACAUGGAGUCCAACUAUUUGUGUUGCUUCUUUUUUAGUAGCUAUAGGACGGAUAGUUCUUAAGAAACGUAUAGAUCUGGCAAGAAUGUUUUCCUGUGAUGUCUCUCCAGGAGACUUCAGAGGCUACAACUAUGACAGGAAUGUACCGAAAUCCUGUCAUAAACUCACAUCUUUCUUUGUUCUACGCAAAGGCUCUUGUUUAUUGUGGCUCGCUUCAUCAAUAGCCAAUGAACAUGCUUAUAACCCUUGAACUACCGUAUUUCUUCGAUUCUAAGACGCACUUUUUCCCCUAAAUAAACAGCUCUAAAAAUGGGGUGCGUCUUAGAAUCGAUGGCGUCUUAGAAUCGAAGAAAUACGGUAAUACCCAAUUUCUUCACUGAAUGAUUUAAGAUCUGUGGCAGCCGAAGUCAAACAGGAACGUGGUGCAGCCUGUUAUAUUACCCCAUGCAGAUUUUUUUAAAAAAAUGCAACUGAAUUGGAACCAAUAUUUGGUCCUCUGUAGCACGGCAAUGCUAUCAAAGCUUUGAUAGCAGGCUGGCGUUAGCCUGACCUAGGCUGCAAAUUUGCAGAGUAUGCUUAAAAAGUUGAAAGUAGCCUUCUCACCUUCUGUUAGGCACCAAACAUAAAGCUGAUCUGCAGCCAUGCAAAG